AUGCGAAGCCUGGCCGAAGCACAAACAAAUUGGGUCUGCAAUCUAGCCAAUGCGUCAUCGCUGCUGUGGCACAUGUAUCACUCACUUGGCUCGCCCUCUUCAUCGGUCAAUUGGGCAGGAUUCUAUGUGGUGGAUCGAAUGGACCGCCGUCAGUUGAUCUUGGGACCAUUUCAUGGUAAAGUAGCUUGUCAGACCAUUACGAUUGGAAAAGGGGCAUGCGGGAAGGUUGCCGAAGAAGGGAAGACGCUCUUAUUGACGGAUGUUAAGGAGUUUCCAGAACAUAUUGCCUGUGACGGGGACAGCAAGAGUGAGAUUGUUACUCCAAUCAAGGUUGGGACUGAGGUAGUCGCAGUCAUCGACAUCGAUUGCGCAGACUUGCAAGGAUUCGACACCACAGACCAAGACGGGUUGGAGCGACUGGCGGAAAUACUUCGUGACUGUUGUGACUGGGAAGACCUGCUUCCUCCAGUGUCGCCGAUCGCACCCUAUUAG